ACCAUGCAAAACCACAGCUUUGUGAAUGAAUUUGUCCUUCUGGGACUUUCACAGAAUCCAAAAGUUCAAAAAAUGAUAUUUAUUGUAUUUUUGUUUGUCUACACUGCAACCAUCUGCGGCAACAUGCUAAUAGUGGUGACCAUCAUCUGCAGCCCGGCUCUACUAAACUCCCCCAUGUACUUCUUCUUGGCAUCCUUGUCCUUCUUGGAUGCUUCCUUUUCUUCUGUCAUCACACCAAAGAUGAUUGCUGACUCCCUCUGUGAGAGGAAAACCAUCUCCUUUGAUUUCUGCAUGGUGCAGCUCUUUGCUGAACACUUCCUUGCUGGUGCUGAAGUGAUUGUCCUCGCAGCCAUGGCCUAUGACCGCUAUGUGGCCAUCUGCAAGCCCUUGCACUAUGCUUCCGUCAUGAACAGGAAGCUCUGUCAUUUUCUGGUUGGCAUAGCCUGGACAGGAGGGUUCCUGCACUCCAUCAUCCAAAUUCUCUUCACUUUUCAGCUUCCAUUCUGUGGUCCCAAUGUCAUUGACCAUUUCAUGUGUGACCUGUACCCAUUACUGAAGCUUGCCUGCACUAACACGCACAUUUUCGGCCUUCUGGUGAUUGCCAACAGCGGGUUUAUCUGUAUUAUAAUAUUCUCCUUGUUGCUUGUCUCCUAUGGUGUCAUCUUGUUCUCUCUGAGGAAGCACAGCUCUGAAGGGCGUAGAAAGGCUCUGUCCACUUGUGGAUCCCACAUCGCUGUUGUGGUUUUGUUCUUCCUACCUUGCAUCUUUAUAUAUGCAAGACCUCCAUCUGCCUUCUCCUUUGACAAAAUGGUGGCCAUAUUUUACACCAUGCUAACUCCUUUGCUCAACCCUUUGAUUUAUACUUUUAGGAAUAAGGACAUGAAAAAUGCUAUAGGGAAAUACUGGAAGAGAUUGGUGGCAGUUUCCAAUAAAAAUUAA